AUGGCCGAGCCAGGGCCGGAGCCGGAGCCGGGGCGCGCCUGGCGAGUGUUCGCCCUGUGCGGGGCCGCCGUGUUCCUGGCAGCGGUGGCGGCCGGAGCAGCCCUGCUGGCCUGGAAUCUGGCCGCCUCGGCCUCCCCGAGGCCUCGCUGCCCAGAGCCGGGGGCCAACACCACGGCGCCGCCUGGAGACCCGGCGCCCGAGGUCGAGGAACUUCGGCGCCGGCUGGCAGAGGCCACCCAGCGCGAGGAGGCCCUGACCAGGCAGCUGGACCAGGCCGAGGGUGUCCGUCGGAAGCUGGAGGAGGCCCUAAGGGCCUGUGAGGGCCGCCAGAAUCGGCUUCAGACCCAACUGAUGACACUGAAGACUGAGAUGGACGAGGCCAAGGCACAGGGGACCCAGAUGGGGGCUGAGAACGGGGCGCUGACAGAAGCCCUGGCGCGCUGGGAGGCGGCGGCCGCGGAGUCUGCGCAGCGGCUGGACGAGGUGCAGCGGCGCGCGAGCGCGGCCAAGGCCGAGGGUGAAGCCUGCGCAGUCCGGGAGGUGGCGCUGCGCGAGCGCGUGAACGCCCUGGAAGCCCAGACGGGCCCCCAGCGCAGAGUGCCACACCCCCGGACCCGCUCCGGGUCCCGACCCCGGCCCAGCCCCCGCUCGCGCUCUCGCCCGGGAACCUCCGCGGGCUGCAGGCGACCAGCGCGGCGCGCACGAGGGUGA